AUGCCUUAGAGUUAAUAAAACCAGCAUCAAGAAUUAGAUGAAAAAUGCACAGUUAUUGUAUUUGAUUGCCCUAAAACUAAACAAACUGAAUAACCCAGUAAUACUUCUAAUACUGCUUUAACUGUUGCUACUACCGUCAGCUGUGUUAAACUUUUUCACGUGUUCGGCUAUAUCAUUCUCGGUGGCUUAGACACAAUCAUUUACAAAUAUUAAAACACUACCUAAGUUAACGGGAAAAAGUUUCAACAUCCAUUUAUCCAAACUUUUGUCAUGGAGGCUGCUAUGUCUCUUCCUUUGAUCUGGGUAAUAUACUAAAAGUUCAAAAAGCAGCUUUAUGUUGAUGUAGACCCUAGCAAAAAAAUGAUGUCGACUUGGAGAGAUUAUUUAUGGAUCUUGAUACCUUCUUUGUGUGAUCUUAUUGGAUCAACUUUGUAGUUUUUCUCUCUGUUAUUUAUUGAUAGCAGUAUUUACUAAAUGAUGAGAGGUGGAUCUAUUAUCUUUACUGCUCUCUUUUCCAAAAUUUUGUUUAAGAAAAUUUUCUUAAAAUAUAAAUAUCUUGGAUUACUUCUAUCUAUAAUCGGUCUUAUUUUGGUUGGCUUAUCUCCUUUUCUUUUUAUAGGUUCUUCGAAUUCUGCUAACUUAAAUAUGUAAUAUGUCUCAAUUGGAUUGCUGAUUAUUUGCAUGGCUUUAAAUGGUGGUCAUUACACUUCCGAAGAAUAUAUUUAUAGCAAAUACAAUAUUCACCCAUGUGAAUUGCUUGGAACUUAAGCAUUUUAUGGAGCUGUCAUCUACAUGGUCAUUUUAUUGCCUAUUUUCUGUAAUGUUGAAUGCAAAUUCCCAAAUGGUGUUGGCUGCGUUAAAGUAGGAGAUACUUUCUAUUUUGAUAAUUUCUCUUAAUAUGUUUCUGAAGUCAACUCAAAUGGAUGGUUGCUCGCUUUUGUAUUUUUCGGGAUUAUAUCUAAGUGUGUUUAUAACUUAAAUGGAAUUUUCACUACAAAAUAUUUCAGCAGCUUAACAAGGUCUAUUGCUGGUGCUUUAAGAACUCUAGUUACAUGGAUGGUUGGUCUUAUUGUGACAGCCGUUGGUGCUAGAAAAUGGGAAAGCUUGGAGUAUAGAACUUGCCUUUUAAUGACUGGAGGCUAUAUUUUCUUAUUUGCUGGAAAUUUAAUAUAUAACGGAGUUAUAAAGGUUCCUUAUUUCAAAAGAGAAGCAGAUAUAGCAGCUGAAAAGAAGUAAGAACCUCUCAAGAUUAUUUAAAUAGAAUCUGAUCAUUUGAAAAAUAUAGAAUAAAAGCAAUCAUGUGAUUAUCCUCUGUCAGUUAAAACAGCUUGUAAUUGA